UAAUACAAACGAUUAUUAUCAAUGGUUUUGGCAUUGUUUAAACAAAUAAGUUGCACAUAGCAAAACCGAUACUGAAAUAUGGCAUCAAUAAUAACCCCGUCCAAUAUCACCAACAAAUCAAAAGAAUAAAUGAUAAUGAUAACAACAACGACGACAACAACAACAGUUUGUUAUUUACAAAUGGAUCAUGGUAGAUAUCCCUUUUGUUUUUUCGUUAUAAAAAGAGAAUUCAACCCCUUCAGUUGACUUUUUCCCCCCUCAACUUCAAGUCCACAAGUCCGACACCAACUUGUUGCUUGUAAGUAUCACACCAAGGCAGGGAGGAGGAGAGGGAAGGAGGAAAGAGGUGGGUGGAGGAGGUGGUGAUGGUGGGAGUGUGGGUUGACACCCUUUGAAACAAACCUGCCCACUGUGACAAAGCCAGGACACAACCCAAUGUUGACGGCCGUGUCGGGGAUUCAUCAGUUCACUUGUUGGCGUUGGCACACAUCGUACUGGGGAGCAGGGGGUGCGCGCACGCACACCGCAUUACGGCCGCACACUUGACUAUUUGCAUCAAGUUGGUGCAUAAGGAAUAUCAUUUUAGCUCUAUAAAAAUAUAUACUUUUCUUUUGGUUAGAAAUGUAGUCUUUACAUUCAAUUCACGGACACAGUUGAAUUCGUAUUUCGGAACAGAAACCGCUGGAAAUAUAUUGGAUACAUUAUAAAGCCUGCACAGACGACAUAAAAAGGAUCCCCAUCAUGGACGUUAAACGGGAUGCAAUUAACCCAUCAAACGCAAAAGCCGUGUUGCUGGCAUGUGUGACUCUGCUGCUCUCCCUCCACCUGUGGCGCUGGCUCCGGGGGCGGCGGUCGAGCCCCGGGCCGCCAGGUCCGCCCGCGUGGCCGUUCGUCGGGAACGCGGCGCAAAUUGGCAACGCGCCGCACCUGUAUUUUGCGCGCAUGGCGAAGAAAUACGGCAACGUGUUCCAGAUCAAACUGGGCUCGCGGACCGUGGUGGUGCUGAACGGGGACUCCAUCAAACAGGCGCUGGUGAAGCAGGGACUUGAAUUCGCCGGCAGACCGGACUUCACGUCCUUCAAGUACGUAUCCGGCGGAGACAGCCUCGCGUUCGGCACCAUCACGGACUGGUGGAAGAUGCACCGCAGAGUGGCCCAAUCCACCGUCCGCAUGUUCUCCACCGGCAACGCCAAGACCAAAAAGGCUUUUGAGCAGCACGUCCUCUGCGAGGUCAAAGAGCUGCUGCAGCUGUUUGUGCAGAAAACCAAGGCGCACCAGUACUUCCAGCCCAUGACGGACCUCGUGGUGUCCACGGCCAACAUCAUGAGCGCGGUGUGCUUUGGGAAAAGGUACUCGAAUGACGACGAGGAGUUCCUGCAGGUGGUGGGCAGGAAUGACCAAUUCACCAAGACGGUGGGGGCAGGGAGCAUAGUGGACGUGAUGCCCUGGCUCCAGUACUUCCCCAACCCCAUCAAAACCAUGUUUGAGGACUUCAAGCAGCUCAACUUGGAGUUUCACGCGUUCAUUCGAGACAAAGUCAUGGAACACAGAAAAAUGUUUCAGUCGAGCGUCAUCGGAGACAUGACGGAUGCCUUCAUCCAGGCGAUGGACCAACUGAGAGACAAAUCGGGGAUCCCGCCCAAGAAGGACUACGUGACUCCCACAAUAGGGGACAUAUUUGGAGCGAGUCAAGACACCCUGUCGACUGCACUGCAGUGGAUCAUCCUCUUACUUGUCAAGUUCCCCGAGAUGCAGGCGCGUCUCCAGCUGGAGGUGGACAAGGUGGUGGACCGCAGCCGGCUGCCUUCCAUCGAGGACCAGCAGCAUCUGCCUUACGUCAUGGCAUUCAUCUACGAGGUUAUGCGCUACACCAGCUUCGUGCCGCUCACCAUCCCCCAUUCCACCACCAUGGACACCUCCAUCAUGGGCUACAGCAUCCCAAAGGACACUGUCGUUUUUGUCAACCAGCGAUCCAUCAACCACGACCCGGCUCGGUGGGUCCUACCGGAGACCUUUGACCCCCAGCGCUUCCUGACCCCGGACGGAGAGCUGAACAAGGACCUCGUCAGCAGCGUGCUCAUUUUCUCCCUGGGCAAGCGGCGGUGCAUCGGCGAGGAGCUGUCCAAGCUGCAGCUGUUCCUCUUCACCACCCUUUUAGCCCACCAGUGUCACAUCACCGUGGACCCGGCCAAGCCGGUCAAGUUGGACUUCAACUAUGGCCUGACUCUGAAACCGCAUGCAUAUUCCAUAGCAGUGACUCUGCGUGAUGAUCUGAGGCUGCUGGUUGCAGCUGGAGGUCAAGCUGUCUGUGACGAGGUCAUGAAGCCCAGCCCUCAAUAAGCUCCUAAACAGAAAAACAAAACAAAACUAUACUGUAAUAAUACAAUCAAUAUUUUUGCUGUGAAAUCAACAGAAACUAUAUCAACAAAAUGUCAGCUUUUCAAUGUGGCCGCCAUUUUAUUAACGACAAACGAGAUGUGUUUUGAGAUUUGAAAGGUUGAACAAUCAAAACUCAAGAAAUUUAUUAAACAUAAGUAAUGUCGGACUCGCAACCGAAGUAGUGAUACUGUGUAAAACAGGCAAAUAAGCUCAGCCCUUUAGUCCAAUGUCUGCUAACAUAAAAUGCCAUUAGUAUAUAUAGUGUAAUAGCUUACUCAGGAAUAUGGCCUAUGACAUGUCUAAUAGUAUUUUAAACAGAGGGCAAAGUAGCAUCAGGGUACGCCAACAGACCUAAUUUGAGAACUGCUGUCUAAUGCAAGUAUGAAACGACACAUGUCACAUUGUUGUUAUUUAGCCAUUUCUCUCUUUUGUUUUGUUACAAUUGAGGUAUUUGUGUAAAUUAAAAUGUUGUAGAAUGCUGCUAUUUAAAGAAAACAUUUAAACUAUUUGUAUUUCCAUUCUCAAGAUGCCAGUAACCAUGUGCCUUCUUCUUCUUCUUGUUUUUAUUUGCAGACAUAUUCAUGUUGUCACACUGGGGGAGAAUAUUGAAUUUAUUCUGUAGACUUAUUGAAACGCUGCUUCAGCACGAGAGACUAAUGCACUGAGACGUGGAUUUGUUGGCUUCCCGCCGAAGAGUAUUGGAAUAACGUAAUAUGAAUGAAUUUUUGAAAAUAUAAUCUUAGUGAAAUGUAUGGCAUAGUUCAGUGUGUAAGAUCAGUAAUGAAUUGCAUAAGCUGUGUUUCCUUUUUUUCUUAAUAAACCAAAAUUAUACACUGUA